AUGUACGGUGGUCAGGAAGAACUAGACAACCUUGUCUGGGACAAGAACGACAAAGACUCCGGCGAGGCGCAAAAUCAAAUGCGACUCAAGAAAAAGUGUCGUCAAGUGGAAGAACUCGCGAAGGAGAAAUGCGGGAAGCCAGCAACCUUGAUUUCGCCCUUGAUCUUCGGCGGCUUCAACAUCCUGUACAGGAUGCACCUCGACGGAACGUCCCCGGAUGUCAUGGUUCGACUGCCUUGUCCAAGUCUCGUUCAGUUUCCGAAUGAGAAAACCGCUUACGAGGCCGCCACGGCAGCCUUGAUUGCGAAACGCACGCAACUUCCUGUUCCUCGGCAAUUCUGCUACGGACAGGACUCACCCGUCGGCCCUUUCAUUAUCAUGGAACGCCUUGAGAACUGCGGUAGCGUAUCGGCGAGGCUGAAUAGACGCAGCGAAGACCCCUCAGCACCUCAUGUGUUGGAUGCGAAUGUUUCCGAAGCGGUGCUAGAGGUCAUCUGGGGAAAGGUGGCGCACUGUCUACUGCAGCUAUCCUGCCUCACCUUCCCACGGAUUGGGUCUUUGGUUGAGGCCGAUGACGGCUCCUAUGAGGUGGGCGGGAGGCCUUUGACCCAUAACAUGACUGACAUGGUUCGACUGGCCAACAUUCCCCGUGCCGUUCUCCCACCAAAGGAAAAGACGUAUGAGACUGCAGACGAGUGGUACACGGCGUUGGCAGACAUGCACAUCGCACAGCUCAUUUUCCAACAUAAUGAUCUGGUCACGUCUGAAGACGAUUGCCGCAAUAAGUACGUUGCACGCCAUGUCUUCCGCAGGUUGGCCAAAGAAGGUAGACUCUCGACCUUCGGAUUCACCGAGGACAACUGGUCUGCCCAGUCUUCCAAUAUUCCAGGCCACACACUCUCGCCCGCCCCCUCAGGCUCCCACUCCUUCCGACUCUGGGGCGAUGAUUUCCGAGCUGGAAACAUACUCCUCAACGACACAGAUGACAUCGCUGCCCUCAUCGACUGGGAGUACACGUAUGUUGGGCCCACGCAAUUCAUUCUCGACCCACCUUGGUGGCUCCUUAUCGAGACGGCCGAGAUGUGGUCGGCCGGCAUCGACGACUGGAGGGAAACAUACGACAUGCGCCUAAAUACCUGGCUUUCUGCCAUGAAAAAGGCAGAAGCCAACAUGGCAGGCCCCAGUCCUCUACCGGCACCGCUGUCUACUUACAUGCGGGAGAGCUGGGAAACGGGGCGGUUUUUCCUCAGUUACGGGGCACGGAAAAGUUGGGCCUUUGACGCCAUGUACUGGAGGUUUCUGGAUGAGAGAUUCUUUGGCGGUCGACAAGACGGCGUUUUCAAGGAUGAGUUAUGGAAGACGAGGGUGCAUCUAUUGAGCGAGGAAGAGAGGGCAGCCAUGGACCCCUUUGUGAAGAGGAAGAUGGCCGAGUUGGAGGAAAGACGAAUUGUCGACUGGGAUCCAAAGGAAGCCAGCAAGCGUUUUUCUGAUUUCUUGUUUGAUUGA